UAAGGUCCCUCUUCAAACUAUAAUAAAUUUAUUUGAUUUAUUUAGAAGGAUAGGUCCCUAGAUUUGGCCCAAAAUUUCAUCUCUUUUACGGCCAUCUGUACCAGGAUUCAGAAAAGCAUCCACGUCUUCCUUAGAGUCCAUUGGUUUUCUUAUGAAGGAAAAGGAUGGGAGUCGGGGAAUGGUGCUGUUGCAGUCACCUUCACAGAGAUUUGCAGCAGACUUUAUCAUGGGAGGAGUUUCAGCAGUUGUUGCCAAGACAGCGGCUGCCCCCAUCGAGAGAGUUAAGUUGUUAAUGCAAAAUCAGGGGGAGUUGCUGAAAAGGGGACACCUGAGUAGUCCGUACAUUGGAAUUGGGCAUGGCUUCAAAAGAGUUUUGAGAGAGGAGGGGCUUUUGUCCUUCUGGAGAGGCAAUGGUGCCAAUGUUAUUAGAUACUUUCCCACUCAGGCCUUCAACUUUGCAUUCAAGGACUCUUUUCAGGAUUUUUUUGGCUACUCAGAGGAGAAAGAUGGCUAUGCAAAGUGCUUUGCAGGGAAUGUUGCUUCUGGCAGUGCUGCUGGUGCAACUACAUCCUUAUUUCUAUAUCACUUGGACUAUGCACGUACACGACUUGGUAUGGAUGCAAAAAAUGUUCUGGCAGGUAGCCAGCGUCAAUACAAGGGAUUGUUGGAUGUCUACAAGAAGACUCUUGCUAGUGAUGGCAUUGCAGGCCUGUAUAGGGGGUUUAGUGCUUCAAUUGUUGGCAUCACACUAUAUAGAGGAUUAUAUUUUGGCAUAUAUGAUACAUUGAAACCAGUUGUUCUGGUUGGAUCCCUCAAGGGAAAUUUUAUCAUUAGCUUCAUGCUAGGCUGGAGUGUGACAACAGUUGCGGGUGUUCUGGCUUAUCCCUUUGAUACACUUCGACGCAGAAUGAUGAUGACUUCAGGUGAAGCUUCCAAGUAUAGGAACCCCAUACACGCCUUUAAGCAAAUUGUACAACAUGAGGGCAUUAGUGCCCUGUUCAGAGGAGUAACAGCAAAUAUGCUGCUAGGAGUAGCAGGGGCUGGAGUCCUUGCAGGCUAUGAUCAGCUUCAAAUGCACAUAUUUGGUAACUUGCAUCAACGGGCAACAACUAAAUGAGAAUCGCAUAUUUAGUGGGAUUGUUGAAGGUGAUACACAUUGUUGCUGGGUUUGAAAGUUGCAUGGUUGCUUCAGUGGCAUCAAAUUUCUGGAGCUCCACAUUGCAUCUGGUGUAAUAAUAUUCUUCACGAUCAUUGUGCUACCAAUUUUGUGGUUGAAGGAGCCAUCCAAGUCUAAAAAAUGGUAGCAAGCAGAAGGAAUGGAAUUGGAAUGUUUUUUUAUUUGCAGGUCGUAAACUGUAGAAGACUGAUCAAACAUUAAGAAGUAAAACCAAAGUGGUGGCAGAAUUCAAUGCAGAACAAACAAGCAAAGAUAUUGGUGGUAAAGUUGAUCUCAAAGAGGAAACACUCAGCGAGACUGCAUGGAAUGGGUCGGUUUAAAAUUGGCAACAAAUCAGGUUUGACAUACGAUCUGAAUCCAGUAAAAUGCCAGGAAUCCUAUGCAAACAGAAAGAAUAGACAUGUGGAAGGAAAUUUACAGAUCCAAAUUAAAUGUAUUUCAGAAUAGACAUGUAACUGAAUCUGGUACAUGACAGCAUUAAAUAACUGGCAAUUGCAUCUUUU